UCCAACUCCCACUUGGUGAGCUGAACGUCAGCACAAUGUGUACACGUGAUACGCAAUAUUGUGUACGUAUUACGCAGAACAUGAGCUGAAGAGGCGUUCGUUGUACCUUUGUCCAAGCUAUCCAAACGCGAAUAUCCCAUAAAUGGAUCGGGGGUCAAAGCGGCGGCAGGUGAAGCCUUUGGCUGACUCUCUGCUGGAUGCUCUGGACUAUGACAGCUCAGAUGACAGUGAUUUUGAAGUUGGAGAUGCAUCAGGUUCAGAGGGCACUGGCAACGGGAGUGAUGAGGAAGGCUCAAAUGACACUGCUGCAGGCUCUGAGAGCGACUCUGACGCUGUUGGCUCAGCUGAUGAAGAGGGUAUAGAUGAUGAAGAGACCAAAGAUUUAAAUGAAGACACUGAAGAAGAAGAAAAAGCCAAGGAACAGUCUUUCUCUGAGGAGACCAGUAGCAAAGAAACAGGGGGAACCUCCAAGAAUCGCAAGAAAGGAGAAAAAUCCUCAGAUACAGAACCAAAUGGUAGUGGUACCGCCGAGGAAGGCUCAGGAGAGCCGAAAAAAUGGAACCUACGACGAAACCGGCCCAUGCUGGACUUUACUACGAUGGAAGAGCUAAACGAAAUGGAUGAUUAUGACAGCGAGGAUGACAAUGACUGGAGGCCCACACAAGGGAAAAAGAAAGGUAAGGCAUCAUCUGGGAAGGAGAAAGAAGGGAGUGAUGAAGAGGACGAUGGUGGUAGUGAUGAAGAGGACAACGAAGAUGAUGAAAACGAGUCUAGUAGUAGUGAUAGUGAGGAAGAAGAGAAGAAACCAAAGAGAAAAGCAGGCAAGAACACUGGGGCGUUUGAUGAGGAGGAGACCAAUGACAGCCACAGCACAUCCCAUGGAAAGGGCAAUGAGGACUCUUUGUUGGAGCGGCCCCAGACCUGGAGCUCCCAGCGGAUGGAGCACAUCCUUAUCUGCUGCGUGUGUCUGGGAGACAACAGCGAAGAUGCGGAUGAGAUCAUCCAGUGUGACAACUGUGGCGUGACCGUGCAUGAAGGUUGUUACGGUGUCGAUGGUGAAAGUGACUCUAUCAUGAGCUCGGCCUCAGAGAACUCAACAGAACCGUGGUUCUGUGAUGCUUGCAAGAAUGGCGUCACACCCAGCUGUGAACUCUGUCCCAGUCAAGACGGCAUCUUCAAAGAAACUGAUGCAGGGAGGUGGGUGCACGUGGUGUGUGCCCUUUAUGUUCCUGGAGUUGCGUUUGGAGAUAUUGACAAGCUGAGGCCAGUAACACUCACAGAGAUGAACUACUCAAAGUAUGGGGCAAAGGAGUGCAGUUUGUGUGAGGACGCACGCUUUGCUCGCACAGGCGUUUGCAUCAGCUGUGAUGCCGGAAUGUGCCGCUCAUUCUUCCACGUUACAUGUGCUCAACGGGAAGGGCUGCUGUCUGAAGCUGCCGCAGAAGAGGACAUUGCAGAUCCCUUCUUUGCCUACUGCAAGCAGCAUGCAGACCGCUUUGACCGGAAAUGGAAAAGGAAGAACUACCUGGCCCUGCAGUCUUACUGCAAAGUGUCUUUGCAGGAAAGAGAGAAGCAACUCACACCCGAAGCUCAGGCUCGAAUAACCACAAGGCUCCAGCAGUACAGAGCAAAAGCAGAGCUGUCUCGAAACACUCGACCGCAGGCGUGGGUGCCCCGAGAGAAGCUUCCCCGACCGCUCACCUCUAGCGCAUCAGCCAUCCGUAAGCUGAUGCGUAAAGCCGAGCUCAUGGGUAUCAGCACAGACAUCUUCCCCGUGGACACAUCUGAUACCAGCGCAAGUGUAGACGGACGGCGUAAACAUAAGCAGCCUGCCCUCACAGCAGACUUUGUUAACUACUACCUAGAGCGGAACAUGAGGAUGAUUCAGAUCCAGGACAACAUCGUGGAGCAGAAGAACCUCAAAGACAAGCUGGAGAGUGAGCAGGAGAAGCUUCACAUGGAGUACGAUAAGCUGUGCGAGUCUCUGGAGGACCUGCAGAAUGUCAACGGCCAGCUGAGGACCGAGGGCCAAGCCAUAUGGAGCAUGAUGGGGGGGAUCCUUGGACAGAAAUUGAACUCUCCUGCAGUUCUGAAAGCUCCCAAAGAGAGAAAGCCAAGCAAGAAAGAGGGAGGAUCACCAGGGAAGUCGUCAAACCUCCCAGCUAUGCUCUACAGCUGUGGGAUCUGUAAGAAAAACCAAGACCAGCAUCUUUUACUGCUAUGUGACACCUGUAAGCUGCAUUACCAUCUGGGCUGCCUGGACCCACCUCUCACACGCAUGCCGAAGAAGACCAAAAACAGCUACUGGCAGUGCUCUGAGUGCGACCAGGCCAGCAGUGACGAGGCUGACAUUGCCAUGGAGACGCUACCGGAUGGAACCAAAAGGUCCAGGAGGCAGAUCAAGGGACCAAUCAAAUUUAUCCCCCAAGAAAUGAGCCCAGAGCCCAAGAAGCUUCAAGUGAGAGGGACUAGAACCAGAGGUCAGAAGAGGAAGAGAACGUCCAUCUGCGAGGAGGAGAAGAUCGAGGAACCGUCACCGCGGGAGCGCAGACAGAGGCAGUCGACUCUGCAGAAAAAGCCCAAAGCCGAUGACACACGGACCGAGUGCACCACCUGCAAGGGCCCGGGCGACAAUGAAAACCUAGUGAGGUUGUGAGAGCCGGGCACCACCUCCUCCCCUAGAAAAAGGACAGAUGAGAGAGAGACAGGGAGAGAGAGAGGCAAAUUAACUCGUUUGAAGAGCGGCGUUGGGGUCGGGGAGGAGUCGCAGAUGGCCACCUCCGACCGCCACCUUUGACCGUCCCUUCUGCCCAAAGUGGACAGUGCCAUGGACUUUAUCAUGGUUAAACGACGGUCUGGCGCAAAUUUUCUGAAAGAACGAAAAGACUAUCGUAUGUGGACUGACAUAAAAAUGGGGAGGGGGGGAGCUCAACCCUCAUUGGACACUAUAAACGGACUUUAUAUGGACAGAAUACUCAGUUAGCCAGUUUGGAGGCACAUACCCACCAAUAGGGCCGUUCUUUGUGGAAUACAUGAACAGUGACACUGGUUUUGGGCCUUUUACUCUGUGGAUUAAGCCAGAUUGUGGGCCGUUUCACCAACUUUGCGAGCAAUUUGCUGUCAUCUGGCCUUCUUUGGGCCUCAUGGACUUUCUUUUUCUCUCUUGCUUUCACAUUGGCUCUACAACAGCGCACACCCUGCUCUAUCCGAGCUUACCGCUGAUCACAAGACCGGAUCAGCUGUGUUGACUUGAGUCAAAUGUGCUUCUGAAAGCUAAUUGUGUUUUCUGUCGUGGUUUUUAUUGUGAAUGAUCUUAAUGCUUUUGUUUUAUUGCUCUGCUCUAUUUUUCCUGUGCUGUAUGAAUUUUAUGGUUCAAAGUGAUUAGAUGGUAGACAUAAGAAUCAGUAGAGUCGUUUUUUUUUAAAGUAUUGUAAUUUUUUUACUAGUUGUAGUAGAGUAAUAUAGCUCAAUAUGCUCAAUAUCCGUAUUUAAACGUGUAGUUUUCCUUGGUAUCAAAUCAGUGAUAGGGUGAAAGUCAUAAAAACAUAUCCAGACAUAUUUCACCACAAAAGAAGGGAAAAAUAUUUUAUGUGAAGAAAUUGAUGCUUGUUUUAGGACCAUUUUUUUAUAUUUUGAUGUUUACAUUACAAUUCAGCACCUUUUCUAACUCGAUUUUCAUUACCGUAAUGCUUCUGGGCGUUUUUAUUUCUUUUUUUUUUUUUAAUUCAUUUUUAUUAUUUAAUAUUUUUUUAUAAUUCUCAUUUGAUCAUUCAUUACUGUAAAAUGCGAUGCAAUAGUUUUUUACUUUAUUACAGUACAUUGUUUUUUGGUUGUUUUUUUUUAUGAUGUAUGAAUUCUUUAAAAUGUAAAUCUUUUUUUGCAUUACAUUGAUGACAGUUGAAAGGAACAAUGUGCCAAAUUCUUAAAAAAAAAUAAUAAUGUCACAGUGUGAAAACAAUAUAUAAAUUGGCUUCAUUGUUUUGCUUAAAUUUGCCAGUUUUCUUUUGAAUUUGGGAUAGACUUGUUAGGAUAUUCACCCAAUAAUGGAACCAUAGAAUGCUAAAUCUCUGAAGUUACAGUAAUUAGUUGUGAAUGUAGUCUGUGUUGGUAAUUUGGCUUGCAUCUGCUUGGCUGACAGUCAUCCUGUUUAUGUUUUGCAAUGGCAAAAACAAAUCCUAACAUACUGAAAACACUUCUAUCCCAAACCCUCCUCCCUCACAUUCCAGUGUAUUGCACUAUUGACAGUCCUAAAAUUUUCACUCUUGACGGUUUCCUGUGUCUUUUACCCUCAUGCCAUUGGGGACAGCCUCGUACCUCGUGCCCUCUCAAACUGCUUACUCUCACUGCACCAGGCACAACACUUCCUUCGGUGGGAUUUACACAUCUUUUCGUCUCUGGAUGACUUCAGCUGCCCUAUAACCUCUGACCCUACUGUAUCUCCAGCCAGAGCUUUAUCUCUCUCCACUACAGCUGUCUUUCCUAGCUCACAGCAUACUGUGUGUGUAAGUGUUUGUCGGGGCACAUACUGCAUCUGCUUUGCUCAGAUAAUGCUGCAAGAUGGAGCCUUUUAGAUUACAGGUCGCCCGUUAAGUCAUGUGAUGUCAGUUUAGCAAAGUAUUGAGCCUUUUUAUGUUUUUCUGGCAUAAGCCGUGCUGCAAUUUUUGUUCCAAAUGUUCUGAAAUUGAAAAGUUUUAGUACUUGAAUUUUUGUGCUUGACGUCUAUUUAUUUUAUGUAUAUAUCUGGCUGAGUAAUUUAUUCCUUAGAUAUUCUCCAUAGGUAAUGUGUCAAUGUGACUUGAACUGAGAUUACGGUAUUGCAUUCGUGAGUGUUUGCGUCCUGUGUAUAUGCAGUGUUUUUGUUGCCAUGCGCCAUUUGCGUGAGUGGUCUUAAGACGGUGGCGUUGCAUUGUGCAAGCCUUAAUAAACUUUUGACUUUUUCAUA